AUGGAUUAUGAUUACUUAAGAUAUUUCCAAGGAGCUAAAGUGAGAAACGCGAGUAAACCGAUCGUUGCCAGAACUGCUUCUAACAUAUUUCAUAAAAUCAAACAUGAAACUGAAAUUAAACUUCCGAAACCUUUUGACUGUACACUAAGGGUAUAUUUGAUGAAGAACUUGAAACAAUUAUUAAUUGGUGAACCUACCCUUAGAAAAUGGAAUUAUGAGAUGAGAGAGAACAGAGAUAAAGUUUGUAUUUCCAAGAGAUGUUUUUAUAUAGUACCCAGAAAAAUUUAUAAAAUCCCAAAAAAAAGCGAUGUUUUAAGUAUUACACUAGAGAAAGAUUUUACUGAUUUCAAACAACAAUUGUUAAAGAAAUAUCCAAUGUUAUUUUCAACGGAACCUCGUCCACCUAAAGAACGAACUUACAAAUACCAUAUUAUCACUAAAGAUGAAAUUCCUGUAUUACAAGUACCUUAUUUUCAAACUCCUGAAGAGAAGCAAGUUAUUAAAGCUUUUAUCGAUGAGAAGAAGAAAGCUGGUGUAUUAGUUGACGAAAUACCAGGCUCGUGGUUGAGUCCAGUGUUUGCUAUAAAACAGAAAACCAAAUACAGAGUUGUUGUAGAUUUGAGAAAGGUAAAUGAUAAGACUGUUGUUCAACCAGUUUAUCUUCCAAAUUUCAAAGAUCUACUGAAUGAAUUGAAGACACUGAAGUAUUUUUCUGUAUUUGAUCUCAAGUCAGCUUACCAUCAGAUUGCUGUUGAUGAAGAAACUUCAAGGAAGUUCGGUAUUAUCACUCCAUUUGGCAAUUUUAACUUCACCACCUUACCUUUUGGUGCUGUUAAUUCACCAUUCGUGUUCUCAAAAUUCUUGAAUGAGAUCUUACCAAAAGAACAUGUAUUUGCUUAUAUGGAUGAUAUCUUGAUCCAUACUCCUACACUUCAUUUACACAAGCGAAUGAUUGAUAAAGUUUGUAAAAUUCUUAAUGAUAACGGCUUACAAAUGAAUCUUGAGAAGACCCAAUUUAUUCAAAGGAGAGUUAAAUUUUUAGGUUAUUACAUUCAUAAUAAUGGAUUAUCACCAACCAUUGAUAAAAUGAAGGCGAUUAAUAAUUGGCAACUACCAACAACUACUACAGAAGUUAGAUCUGUUGUGAAUUUUACUAAUUUUUUUAGACAGUUCAUACCACAAAUGUCUGAAAUUACUGGUCCACUUACAGAUUUAAUUCGUAACAAUCCCAAGAAGAGACAUCCAAUCCAACAUACCAAGAAAUCUAUUGAAGCAUUUAAGAAGUUGAAAGAAUGUCUUGUUAAUCUUCCAACGUUGGCGAUUUAUAAUGUUAAUCAACCUACGUAUAUCUUUUCUGAUAGUUCAGAUGCUGCUAUUGGCGGAAUAUUAUGUCAAAUCCAUCGAAUAGGAAACAAAAAUUGCUACUUACCCAUAAGUUUUGCUUCAUUCAAACUUAAUGAUACUCAGAAACGUUAUUCAGCAAUGGAGAAAGAACUUCUCGCUAUUAUCACAAUACUUAAGAAAUUUAAUUAUUUGUGUAAUGGUAACGUCAUUGUUUUCACAGACCAUCAGUCGUUAAGUAUUCUCCAAAGUAAAACCACGGUACCACCUAUGAGAAUCGCAAGAUUUCUAGAUGUUUUAGGAGCCUAUUCACCAACUAUCAAAUAUUUACCUGGGAAGAACAAUUAUGUUGCUGAUAUUUUAUCACGCUAUCAAACCAAUAAUAUUGACAAUGCUGCUGAGGAAAAGGUGAACCAGAUUGAUGCUAUUGAAAUCCAAGAUUUGAAUGAUGAUGAUUUAGAACAUAUCCAAUCUAAUUUAUCUGAUCUACUGAAUGAUAAUGUUGCUCUUGAUGAAUAUCCCUAUGAUAAAUUCCGAUUUGAAGAUGGAAAAUUGAAGGUUAUCCUUAAAGAUAGGUUAGUUAAUGUUGCUGAUAGGACAGAAUUUACAAAUCAUGUUGCUCAAAUUCAUAAAGUACAUCAUCCAUCUAUACGGGUUACAGACUAUUUAGCUACAAUGAGUUUAUGGCAUCCUGAUCAUAAGCUUAUAACAACUGAUAUAGUAAACCACUGUGAGUAUUGCCAAGUUCAUUCCAAUUUUUCAAAAGUUCAAAGAGAGUUAUUUAUCCUCGAACCUUUACACGCUUUUGAACGCUGGGGUCUUGACUAUGUUAUUCUUAAUGAACAAAAUGGAGUUCGCUAUAUCCUAGUUGCUGUUGAAUACGUUACAGGUUUGUUAUAUGCCUCUGCUACAUCGACUAUGGAAGCCACAACAGUUCAUUGGAUGAUCAAUUGGAUCUACCAAUUAUAUGGAACGCCCAAAGAGAUAGUCACAGAUAACGGUACAAGUUUUGUAAAUCUGACAAUUGCAACCUUAUGUCAGCAAUUGAAUAUAUAUCUUCGAAUUAUCACCCAAUGA